AUGGGAGGGGCAUUCCUUGUCAUCCUAUCCUGUAUGCAAACCUGCAUAGCCUUCCCACAAUGUCGACAUCGAGUCAAGAGGAAUCUUUUCCAGGACUGCAAUAUUUGUACACCUGAUAUCAGCCGUAAGCGAAAGAAGCGUAACGCCGGUUUGCCGAGUAUUCCAUCGAAAUCGAACCCCUUAUUUUCAGCAAUGCUAUCCUUGUCGUGGUUGAUGGAAGGCUGA